UGCUGACAGACUCCGCCCACAACAGAAACACCUGUAGAACUAGUUUCAUUUCUCAGAAAGAGAAAGUCAGUCAUCGACCAACGGCGGCUGAAAUGGCGCAGCCAGGACCUCAUCUGGACCAGGAAAUGUUCUCCUGUUCCAUCUGUUUGGAUCUACUGAAGGAGCCAGUGACUAUUCCCUGUGGACACAGUUACUGUAUGACCUGCAUUAAAAGCCACUGGGAUGAAGAGGAGGGGAAGAAGCUGCUCAGCUGUCCUCAGUGCAGACACAGCUUCACUCCCAGACCUGCGCUGGUGAAAAACACCAUGUUGGCUGAUUUAGUGGAGGAGCUGAAGAAGACUGGACUCCAAGCUGCUGCUGCUGCUGCUGAUCUCUGCCCUGCUGGACCUGAAGACGUGGCCUGUGACGUCUGCACUGGCUCCAAACUCAAAGCUGCCAAGUCCUGUUCAGUUUGUCUGGUCUCAUUCUGCCACCAACAUCUUCAGCCUCACUAUGAAUUACCUGCUUACAUCAAACACAGGCUGGUGGAGGCGUCCACCAAGCUGCAGGAGAACAUCUGCUCCCGUCACAGCGAGGCCAUGAAGAUGUUCUGUCGGACCGAUCGGCAGUGCAUCUGUUACCUCUGCCCCGUGGACGAACACAGAGGCCACGACGCGGUGUCAGCGGCAGCAGAGAGGACUGAGAGGCAGCGAGAGCUGGAGGGGAGUCGGCAGAGGCUCCAGCAGAGGCUCCAGGACAGACACGAGGAGGUGGAGCUGCUCCAGCAGGAGGUGGAGGCCAUCGGCCGCUCUGCUGAUCAGACGGUGGAGAACAGCCAGAAGCUCUUCACUGAGCUCAUCCGUCUCCUGGAGCAGAAAAGGUGUGAGGUGAAGCAGCGGAUCAGAUCCCAGCAGGAAACUGAAGUGGGUCGAGUCAAAGAGCUGCAGGAGAAGCUGGAGCAGGAGAUCAAAGGAGGCUGAGCUGGAGCAGCUCUCACACACACAGGAUCACGUCCAGUUUCUAAACAGCUAUUUCUCACUGGCACGUCUUAAUACAUCUGCAUACUUUCUAAUGAUCGACCAAGAUUCUCUGCAGCACUUUAAUGUAGUGGAAACAGCUGUGUUGAAUGCAAGAGAUAAAAUGCAGCGCGUGCUGAAUGUGGAAUGCACAAAUAUCCUAGCGGAGGUGUCAAACG